AUGGCAGAAGCAGCAGGAGUCUUAUAUGCAGUCGAGCACCUGGUCGAAGGUGGUCUCGCGCUGGCCAAAGGCAUUUACGAUCCAACUCUACCACUCAAAGCAACCAUCAAACCUGUCACUGAUGUGAAUCUACCACGAGUACAUCAUAGCAUCUCUGAGGUCAAAGGGAGGGCAUAUGUCUUUGGAGGAAAGACUAAUGAUGAUGAGCUAGCUGAUAAUGCCAUGCACAUGAUCAUUCUCCCGUCCUCAGGUAUAGAAAGCACAGAUUACCAACGUCUUGAACCAACAUCUGCAUCCCCUCCUGCAAGAUACGGUCACAGCACAGCAGUCAUAGACGACCAAAUCUACAUCUUUGGCGGCUCGGACGCGAAUGGACUUCUCAAUGAGAACGGCAGAGUAUGGGUCUUCAACACAGACACAAAUUCAUGGUCAAGCUUGGAUCCUGCUGAGGGAGAUGUACCAACGCCGAGGACUUUUGCAGCUGCUUCUGCUAGUGCUCAGCCUCAACCUGAGCAUCAGAGGACGGAUGAGGAUGUGGCUCCACAGUUGCCUCCUGAUCCGGCGAAGAUGGUGCCUGAACCUUUGGCUCCAAGCACGUAUGGCACUUUCGUUGUGUUCGGAGGUAUUGUUGAAGAUGAAGACAGAGCCACCGCAGAACUCUGGACCUUCGACAUCGCCUCAAGAACAUGGUCACAAUUACCCUCACCUCCAGCAACCCACAUCGCAGACACAAGUCCCAGCAUAACCUUCCACUCCAACCGCCUCUACUUGGUCUGCAGAGCCUCAACACACUACCUCGACCUCUCCUUCACAUCUCCCUCCUACAAAGAUUCUCAAACCACAGGUCCUGCCCCACUAAGCCCUUGGUGCUACCUUCCAUCCGAUAAACCCGCUCUUCCACCUACUCGCGAGGGCUCGGCAGCUUUAAUCCCCAUAACCACAGGACAAGGUCGUAAUUACCUUCUUCACAUCACACCCGCCAUCCUCUCAAGUUUGCAACUCAGCUCGUCAGCAACCACGGCAGCGAGUCUCAAAGAUCGCGCUCGCGAUGCCAUUAGUAAGAAAAAUGCAACAAAUGAAUGGGCGGAGGUGCGCUACUUUACUGCUGAAGGCGUUAUGAUACAAGAAGCACAACCCAACAGGGGUAUAGGCGGAAGAACUGGUUUCAGCGCCUCCAAAGUCCAGGAAAUUGAUGGUGGGUGUGUUUUUGUGUGGGGAGGUGUUGUUGAUGGCAAGGUUAGAGGUGAUGGGUUGAUGAUUGAGGUUGAGAAGUGA